UACUGCGAGCACGUUUCGGUCGUUCCGUUGCAUUAAAAUAAUGGUUAAAACCAAACGGAAGCUCCCUGCUCCGGUUCCGACUCCAGCUCCAACCCGACAGGCAGACAACGAGGCCGAUGACAGUGGAUCAGAUUACGAUGUGGAACGUUACAUGCAGCCGACGAAGGUAGCGAAAACCGUGGCAGAACAGUUCCCCCUACCGAAGCAGGUGCGGAAGGAUGUGGUGAAACGAUCGGCCCGGGACGAACCGGAAGAGGAGGAAUCGAGCGAGGACGAUGAUGAUGGAGAUUUGCCCACGUUGACCAAGAAACAAAUCGAGGGUAUUCUGCAGACGAUCAAGAACAACAAACGGUUGGUUUUGAAUAUUUCAAACGUUAACUUUUCGACGGCCAAGGAGGAAAUCGAGGAGCACUUUCGCAAGGCUGGUCGAGUGAAAAGCGUCCGGAUACCGAAGCGACGGUCGUCCGGUUUUGCGUUCGUUGAGAUGUUGAAUCCGGAUGGAUUUCAGAAAGCAUUUCUUCUGGAUGGGAGUUUCCUGGACGGUCGGCAGAUAAAGGUCCAACUGUCAGAGAGUGGGAAGAAGAAAUCCCAUCAGAAGAUUCUACAGCUGGAAAGGAAAAAUGCCGAGAUCAGGAAAAUGAGGAAGAAGAACCGCGUCAAACCGGAAGCGACGGAAGUGACCCUGGUGCCGAAGGUGCUACCGAAGGUCGUUGAACGUGAUCCCUAUCUGGACAAGCCGAAAACUAAGCCGCCAACCAAGAAGGAGAUCAAGGCACACAACAAAAAGGUUUCGUUAAAGGCUAAGUUUAGGAAUGUGGCAAUGAAAGGAAUAAAUGUUUGAUUAGCUCUA